UUAUUAAGCUCUUUUAUCCUGUUGCAGUAAGUCAGUAAGGAAAUAUGGAAGAGAAGGAUGAUAUAGCGAAGGAUGUCACAGAACUUAUUGGGAACACCCCUAUGGUAUAUCUCAACAAAACCGUCAAAGGUUGUGCUGCCCAAAUCGCAGCCAAAUUGGAGACAAUGGAACCAUGCGCGAGUGUCAAAGACAGGAUUGCAUAUAGUAUGAUCAAAGAUGCCGAAGAUAAGGGCCUGAUAACCCCUGGAAAGUCUAUCCUCCUUGAGGUAACCAGUGGUAAUACUGGCAUUGGUCUGGCAUUUGUAGCUGCAGCUCGUGGCUACAAACUCGUGAUAGUGAUGCCAUCAUCGUAUAGUCUUGAGAGAAGGAUUGUUCUAAAAGCUUUGGGGGCUGAGUUAUACAUCACAGAUCCAGCAAAAGGUUUAGAUGGUCUGCUUCAGAAGGCCCAAGAGAUUCUAGAUAGGACGCCAAACAGUCAUUUUUUUCGUCAGUUUGAGAAUCCUGCCAAUCCAAAGAUCCACUAUGAAACAACUGGACCAGAAAUAUGGAAUUGCACAGGAGGAAAAGUUGAUAUUUUUAUUGCAGGGAUUGGGACUGGAGGCACGGUGACGGGAGCAGGAAGGUUCCUUAAGGAGAAGAAUCCAGAAAUAAAGGUAUAUGGUAUAGAACCAGCUGAAAAUGCAAUUCUUAACGGAGGAAAACUAGGGCCGCAUAAAAUCCAAGGAAUUGGUGCUGGUUUCAUCCCAGCCGUCCUCGAUCAAAGCAUCCUAGAUGGAGUUCUUCAAGUAUCUAGUGAUGAAGCUAUUGAAAUGACAAAGCUUCUUGCAUUGAAAGAAGGCCUACUGGUAGGAAUAUCAUCAGGUGCUGCAGCUGCUGCAGCUGCUGCAGCUGCUGCAGCAAUACAAGUAGCAAAAAAGCCCGAAAAUGCUGGGAAACUUAUUGCAGUCAUCUUCCCUAGUUUUGGGGAGCGUUAUCUUUCCACUGUGCUGUUUGAUUCUAUUAGAGAAGAGGUGGUGAACAUGACUUUUGAGUAACUAACUUUAUGCUUCUUUGAACUGAGGGAUACAUGUUACUCCUAUUUGUUGUAACUUGAGGUAGAAUAGGAAAGAUGCACUCGAAGUGUAACCUCCUAAUAAAUCAGUGAACUAUUAUUCACAAUACAAACAAUUGUAUCAUUUGAAUGGUGU